GCUCUUCCUUUAUAAGACCAAAAAAAUCCAAACUUUUUGUUACGACUCUUAAAAGAUACUUUCCUACCAAACUCGUUUUUCCAAUGACAGUUUUGUUGUCCUAAUACCUUCAGAUUUCUCUUUCGCAUUGCCCGAUCUCGUCGUCUCAACGAAAGCUACUAACUUUUUUUUUUUUGCUAUGGCUCUGAGGUGUUUCCCCAUCUGGGCUUGUCCCCAGACGGCUUAUUAUCACUACCCUCUGCUGGGUUUCGACAUUAAACGACGUCGUAUCCCCCUCUGGGAAUGCUCCUCCUCGGCUUCCCAGAGAGCCGUCACUGUCGUUGGAGGGGAGGUUCCGUACGGACGUGAGCUCAAGAAGCCCUCUGAUGAAAUGGGUCUGACUCAGGAGAGUCCCCAGCCGGAAACUUUUCAUAGAGACUUGAGUAUGCUUCCUAAACCGCUAACUGCAAACAGUCUUACGUCUUCUGCUGGGGAUGAUUCAAAAGUGCGAAUUUCGUUUCAGGGCAUACCAGGUGCAUAUAGCGAGACAGCAGCACUGAAAGCAUAUCCAAACUGUGAAACCGUACCAUGUGACCAGUUUGAAACUGCGUUCCAGGCUGUGGAGCUUUGGUUGGUGGAUAAAGCAGUAUUACCGAUAGAGAAUUCAGUAGGUGGUAGUAUCCACCGUAACUAUGAUCUGCUUCUUCGUCAUAGGCUUCACAUUGUCCAAGAAGUUCAUUUGCCUGUUAAUCAUUGUCUCUUGGGAGUCCCUGGUGUUAGUAUAGAAGAUAUUAAAUGCGUUCUAAGCCAUCCUCAGGUUCUUUUAACUCCAUUUCCUUCAGACUCUUCUAAGUUCACUGAUGUUUUUGUUUAUCUCCAGGCGCUUGAUCAAUGUGUGAACUCACUUAACGAUUUAGGCAUACAGAGAGUCUCUGCAAAAGACACUGCUACUGCUGCUCAGACUGUUUCUUCGAGCGGCGAGAGGAGUAUAGGAGCAGUGGCGAGUGUGCGUGCUGCAAAUAUAUACGGUCUAGAUAUUCUUGCACAGAACAUACAAGAUGAUGCUAACAAUGUGACACGGUUUCUUAUACUUGCGAGAGAUCCUAUGAUUCCAAGAACAGAUCGACCAUAUAAGACAAGUAUUGUGUUCUCGCUAGAAGAAGGUCCUGGUGUGCUGUUCAAGGCCUUGGCUGUUUUUUCUUUAAGAAACAUUAACUUAUCCAAGAUAGAAAGUCGUCCGCAGAGAAGAAGACCGCUAAGAGUAGUUGAUGGUUCUAACAAUGGAUGCGCCAAGUACUUUGAUUACUUAUUCUACAUUGAUUUUGAAGCUUCCAUGGCUGAAACACGUGCUCAGCACGCCCUUGGCCAUUUACAGGAAUUCACCAGUUUCAUCCGUAUCCUAGGGUGCUAUCCUAUGGAUCUAGUCAGUUAACCGAAGACAGUCUCCAAUUUUUCAUGUUGCCAUACAGUGCAGAACCAUGUGAAUACAAACAAACAGAAGAAUUAGCUGUAUGGCUUUGGUAUACCCCCAAGACUCUUCUCUUACCAUUCUCUCAUCUUCCAAACUUAGCUUCAAACUCUUCAUUGGUGAGACAAACAGUUAAUCUUAGCUUAUUGUUAAGAACAUGCUUGUGCAUUAAUUUUAAUGUUCUUUGAAUUACUUACUAACUGUCGGAAACCAAACAUAUCUAAUGUUUUAGUGAUUGUCUAACUCUGAUUAGUUUCAUAAUCUUUAUUACAAAAGCUGUUGCUUUGUUGAACAAA